AUGAAAAAAUUCGCUGCCGCAUUUGUUGCUUGUACUGCAUUUUCCAGCACCAGUAGCGACCAAUUGGCUUUAGCAGCCAAUUCCCUGAUGAAGACACAGGAUGAAUCUUUAACGGAUCCGACGGAGAGACUGAAAAUGCUACGGAAGGAAGAGGAAGAGGCAGCAAAGAUGGAAGCGUUCUACAAGGCUGACGAAGCAGAAACAAAAUACGUGGGAUAUCUACCAUUCACUCCUGACGGUAACUGCCUGCACAACAGUAUUCUGCAGGUAACCAAAGAAUACCCUAGAGGCCUAUUGGGGCGUGCUAAAUCCUUCGUUCACGGUAAGCCAUAUCAGUGCUCCUUCCGAUACGCGUAA